CUGAAGUGUAGUUGAGCUGUUGUGUGUUUGUGUCUCUGUAUUCAUGCAGUAAAAUGGAAGAAGACAGAAUUUCAGUAAAUAAGAAGGAGUUCCUGUGUCCAGUGUGUCUGGAUCUCCUGAAGGAUCCAGUGGCCAUUCCCUGUGGACACAGUUACUGUAAGAGCUGUAUUACAGGCUGCUGGGAUCAGGAGGAUCAGAUGAGAGUCUACAGCUGCCCUCAGUGCAGACAGACCUUCAGUCCAAGACCUGCUUUAGCUAGAAACACCAUGCUGGCUGAAGUGGUGGAGAAACUGAAGAAGACCAAACUCUCUGCUGACUGUGACGCUGGAGCUGGAGAUGUGCAGUGUGACGUCUGUACUGGAAGAAAAUACAAAGCUGUCAAGUCCUGUCUGAUGUGUCUGAACUCUUACUGUCAGAAUCACCUCGAACAACAUGAGAGUUUGUUUAAAGGAAAGAGACACAAUUUGACCGAUGCCACUGGACGACUGCAGGAGAUGAUCUGCCAGAAACAUGAGAAGCUCCUCGAGGUUUUCUGUCGCACUGAUCAGAAAUGUAUAUGUCUGCUGUGUACGAUGGAUGAACAUAAAAACCAUGACACUGUAUCAACUGCAGCACAGAGGACAGAGAAACAGAAGCAGCUGAAGGAGACGCAGAAGUCGCUCCAGCAGAGAAUCCAGCAGAGAGAGAAAGAUCUUCAGCAGCUGAGAGAGGCUGUGGAGUCUCAGAAGCGCUCUGCACAGACAGCAGUGGAGGACAGCGAGAGGAUCUUUACUGAGCUCAUCCGCUCCAUUGAGAGAAGCCGCUCUGAGCUGAUACGGCUGAUCAGAGAUCAGGAAAAGCAAGCAGUGAGUCGAGCUGAAGGACGACUGGAGCGACUGGAGCAGGAGAUCAAUGAUCUGAGGAGGAGAGACGCUGAGCUGGAGCAGCUUUCACACACACAGGAUCACAUCCAGUUCCUGCAGAGUUUCCAGUCUCUCUCAGCUCCUCCUGAAUCUACAGACGUAAAUGAUGAUCCCUUCAUUUCUCUCGUCUCUUUUGAUGAUCUGAGAGAAUCUGUCCAUCAGCUGAGAGACAAACUGGAGGAUUUCUGCAAAGAGGAGCUCAAGAAGAUCUCAGACAGAGUCACAUUCACCAACAUUGUUCUCUGGACCAGGAAGGACUUCCUACAAUAUUCCCAUCAGCUCACUCUGGAUCUGAACACAGCGAAUAAACUCCUCCUUCUGUCUGAGAACAACAGAGUGAUUACUUACACUGACUCAGAUCAGUCGUAUCCUGAUCAUCCAGACAGAUUUGAUAAGUGGUGGCAGGUGUUGUGUAGAGAGAGUGUGUGUGGACGCUGUUACUGGGAGAUUGAGUGGAGUAGAGAUGUGUUUAUAUCAGUGUCAUAUAAGAGCAUCAGCAGGAAGGGAGGAGGUUAUGCCUGUGGGUUUGGAUAUAAUGAUCAGUCCUGGAGUUUGUUCUGCUCUCGCUCCAGUUACACAUUCAGACACAAUAACAUACAGACUCCUCUCUCUGUGAAGUCCAUCAGCAGGAGAAUAGGAGUGUUUGUGGAUCACGGUGCAGGAACUCUGUCCUUCUACAGCGUCUCUGACACAAUGAGCCUCAUCCACACAGUCCAGGCCACAUUCACUCAGCCGCUCUAUCCUGGGUUUACUGUUCAUAAAGGAUCAUCAGUGAAACUGUGUUGAUGAAUCAGAAUAGACUGAUGAGGGAUUCUACCCAUAAUGCUUUGAGCUGCAUGAUGAAUCAGUAACAGUGAGAUGUUAUAGAGUCUCUUCUUUUCUCAUUAAGGGCUCGUUCACAUAUCUCGCUCAAGUUCAUUAUUUCAAAUGUUCUGGUUUCUUCAGGCGAUGAACAGAACAGCUGAUCAUUAUAGAUUAUGAUUAUUUGUCUUUCUUGUUUUCUCGUGAUCUCGACAUAAUGAAAGUAGUUUUUCUUACAAUGAUUGUUUGAUGUUUAUAACACAAUGCGUCGUGAGUCUGCUGUUGCUAUAGUAACGAGCGCUACUGUGACGCAUCUGAUCGACAGAUAAACCACGCUCUUAUACUGUAUGUUGUGAUAUUUCACACACUUUUGCUUCGCAGAGUAAUAAACACUACAAUAAACAAAUAUAUGCUAAUCAAUCACUGCUGAUUUGUUUCCAGAGACAGGACGCUAAACGUGUUGUUUGUGUAAUUAACAUGUUUAAAUGAUCAGAGCAGGGCAGGGGCUCAAACCAAGAAAGGGGGCACUAAGGCGGCGGGUGCUUGUUAAUACAAAUUAUCCAGUUGUUACAAAUAUACAAUUAAAAUAGAAGACGACACACUCUGUACUAAUUUCAGAUAUUAUUGUAGAUGUUUUAAUAGAACAUCACAAUUACACAUAACUGUUUUGUUUGCUUUUUUUUCUACACAGUGUGCAGCAAAUUGGUGUUAUUUUUAUUAGAUCUGAUCAGGUACAAUAAUUUGAUUAAAUAUUCUAAUUCUACAAAUGUGAGUAUUUUUUACAAGUUAUUAGCACUUUUACAUCACCAUUACAGAGGUAAAAACAAAGCCCCUGUAAAUCACUUUAAGGAGUCAAAUAUCAGCUCCUGAUGGGAAUAUAGUUAUAUUGUGUGCGUCGAUGCCACAUAAACCACACACACAUAUAAUAUAAAGCCAACUGAAAGAUUGUUUUCCUGUGUCUACUUCAACUGUUCAUUAAAUACCCUCAAUUCAUGCAGUUUUUUUGUGUUUUUUGGUGUUGUUUAAAAAAAGAAUUUAUUUACCUCUAAAAGUACCAUAUUUUUCAUGUAAAAUAUGCUUAUUUUUUGUUAUAUUUAAUAUUUCUUAUACGUCAAAAUCUAAAAUUGUGGUGACAUCUGGUGACAUAUGAUGGCAUAAAAAUAUCAAAAUAUCAAUAGCCACUAUAUGGCUGUAGAACUCAAUGGCUGCAUAUAGGCUGAAAUCAAUAAACCGUUGUUUUAAUGAAUUUAAACUCUUAAGUUUUAGCUUUUAUCACAAGUUAAAAGUGUAGAGUUAAAAAAAAAAAACAUUUGUGUUGGGUCAAAAUAUGCUUACAGACAAAUCUGACCGUGCUAUAAGCAAAAGACAAAGUAGGAGACAGAGUUAUCAUUUAUUUCUAACAAAAAAACAUCAAAUUUCAAUAGCUUGAAAAAGUAAAAUGGAACCAAAUGGUGCCAAACAGUUAAGAAUAAACAAUAAACCUAACAAGCAGCAUGUUCCAGACAUUUCUUUUUACAUUUUCAUCAACAAAUCUUGCAGCAGGACUUUGAUCUGUGUGUGUGUGUGUGUGUGUGUGUGUGUGUGUGUUUGCCAUAUUGAGAAUGUUGUAUAGACUCACCCCUACAUUUAUGUGUAUGAUCUGCAUUGUGUUGGAUUUAUUGACUUUUAUUGGACAAAUAAAAAAAAAUG